AUGCAGUCAGUGAGCGGUUACACGCUCACGGAGCUUCUCGGCAAAGGCACCUAUGGUGAGGUAUUUAAGGUCAUUAAUCGGAAUAUCGUCCAUAUGGAUAUUAAGCCGCAGAACAUCCUCCUCACCUCCUCUAGCCCUCCCAUCCUCAAGCUCACGGAUUUUGGAUUUGCACAAUCCCUGAAGGAUACAGUAAAGAUGGGAGAGGUCCGCGGUUCCCUCCUCUACAUGGCUCCCGAGAUUUACUGCUAUGGAAUAUACGAUAAAUCCUGUGAUCUCUGGUCGGUCGGUGUGAUUCUCUUUGAGUGUCUCUUUGGCCGUGCCCCCUUUGCUUCUGCAACUGUGGAUGAGCUGAAGGCCAAACUAAUCGACAAGUCGCCGGUGGAGAUUCCCCUUUCACCGCCAAUAAGUGAAGACUGUCGGAAUCUCCUCUCUCGCCUACUGAAGCGAGAUCCAGGCCAACGUAUUCAUCACGAACAAUUCUUCAAUCAUCCCUUUAUAGACCUUCCAUACGCGCCUUGUCCCGAGAGUCUUCUAAGAGCCGUAAGUCUACACUUCACCUUCUAA